AUGGCGACAAGAACAACCCGAAAGAUUCUUAUUCUCGGCGGCACAGGCAAGGUUGGUCGCCAGAUCACGAAGCUGCUCGCACGCACAUCAACCCCCGUCUACCAAAGUUCCCGGAGCGCGGCCUCCACAACGGAGCCGGAUGCCGAUAACAUUCAAGCCGUCGCAUUCGACUGGGAGAAUGAGCAGACGUGGGCUGCGGCACUCGGCGUCGGCGCCACCAGCAUCUUCCUUGUAGCGCCGCCGGUGAUGGACAUGCUUCCGCCGAUGCGGUCAUUCAUCGAUCAAGCAAGGAUUCAGAGUCGCACAACGAGAUUUGUGCUGCUGAGCGGAAGCCCAAUUGAGCCUGACAUUAAUGGGUACGCGAUGGGACGGCCGCAUGCGUACUUGAAGGAGCUCGGUGACAGGGGCGAAGUGGAAUGGGCUGCAUUGCGACCAACGUGGUUUCAACAAAACUUUGCAGAGCAGGAUAAUCACCGCCUGGCGAUCAUGAAUGAGAGCACCAUGUAUUCAGCCACGGCCGACGGCAGGAUUCCUUGGGUGGCUACAGAGGACAUCGCCGCCUGUGCAUUCCAGCUACUCACUCAGGAAGACGCGCCGAAUGAUGAGUAUCUAAUUCUUGGCCCAGAACUACUCAGCUACGAUGAGGUCGCUGCCACACUCACCGACGUUUUGGGUCGAAAGAUUGUGCACAAACGCCUUUCAGCGCAGGAGCUGGUGGACCGUUACGUCGCUCAGGGCAUGCCGCGGGAUUACGCGGAGAUGAUGAGUGGGUUGGACACCGCCAUCAAGAACGGGAGCGAGAACCGGACGAACAGCGUUGUCCUUGCGGUGACUGGGAGGCAGCCCAAAAAGUUCCGUGAGUUUGCUGAGAGAAACAAGACAGUCUGGGCCUAA